AUGCUGAUCGGUGUCCUUUGCCAGGUCGUGGAGGACAAUUCCCGCGAGCAUGAGAAGCAACAGAUUCUUGUGGAUUUAAAGACCAGUCUUGAAGAAGCUUUUGAGGCCUUGGAUACUUCUCACGAUGGAAUCAUCAGUGAAGAGGAAUUCCAGAAGAUGAAAGCAAAUCCUAAAGUGAUGGAGAUCUUCGCUCGGCUGGGCAUGGAAGAGUCUGCGAUCAUCCAGCGACUGGAUCAUAUGCAGGAGACAAUCUUCGCCCCUUCCAAGAACGAUGAUGCGGAUGAAUCCUUUCUGACGGAUUCGAAGGCACUUGGAUCAAGGAGGCCACCGAGCUUGUCUUUCAAUCAGUUUGCAGACCAGGUCGUCGAACUGCAAAUGAACAACUCUGCGGGGGUCCUGGACGUCCAAAUGUUGGCAUCCAAGGUUCGUGCAGAAGAUCAGAAGGUGUUGAGCUCGCUGGCCCGACUAGAGUCAGAUGUACAGCGCCUGCUCAAGGCACCCAUGGACACCCAGGAGAGCAAGACGACGUCCAUCGGACUGCAUACACUGAACCUGAGUGGCGAGGACUCCGUGCCAGUCAGGUUCCCGUCAGCUCCACUUCCGUGCAGAGAGGCUUUGCAAGCAUCUCAGCACAAGGAAGUCGUGCCAGAGGAGCCGGUCCAGCUUCCUGGAGAGCUGGGAUGUGGAACGUUACUUCCGGGGGCUUUGGACAGUGACAGUCCCAGGGUGGCGAAACAGGCUGCCCUGGCUUCCUCACCCAGUCCUGCCGGUCCCUCUGAGAUGACGCGGCACGAGAUUCAGCAGGCUCCGGAGGUCCCGGAGGUGCGGACCUUCAUCACAAAGGAAGGCUUCGAGCUAAGGGAAGACUGGCUUCAGGAGGAUUCCUACCAUUGCAGCUUGACCGGCAUCAGUUGUCUGCGAUUCUUCAAAGACAAGUUGGCACCUGAGGAAAACCUGGGAGGCACGGAUGAUGCCUAUGAGUGUCUGGACUUCUCAGACAACGAUCUCAUCAAACUGGGAAAUUUCCCGCCGCUAAAAAGAUUACGUGUCCUGAUGCUGAUGAACAACAGGAUCAGCCGAAUUGCGCCAGACUGCUUCGACCCAAUUCCCAACAUUGUUAGCCUGGUCCUGACAGGCAACAAGCUGGAGAAGCUUGUAGACUUAGAGCCCAUCACGCAGCUCAAGAACCUGGAGCGCCUGAGCCUCAUGGACAACCCGGUCACCAAGGUGAAGCACUUCCGACCGUACAUGAUCCACAAGAGCUCCAAGACGCUGAGGAUUCUAGACUUCAACCGCAUCAAGGACAAAGAGAGAAAGGCGGCUACGCUGCUGUUUGCCGGCGAGCGUGGUAAGAAACUGCUGGAGGAGAUUGCUCCCCCACGCGUGGUUGGCAAGGAGCCCACAGAAAAGGUCGCCGACGUCUCAAAGUCCGGUCCAUCUCCGGAAGUUAUUGAGCGCAUCAAGAAGGCUAUCGCAGAAGCAGAGACCAUCGAGGAAGUCACGCGCCUUGAGAAGGCCUUGAAGAGUGGCAUCCUCCCAGACGACCUUAAGGAGCCAGGCACUGAGGGCCCUGAGCCGGCGCCGGGGGUCGAAGGAGGUGCAGAGCCUAUGGCCGAGGGAUGA